AUGGACUUAUUUUGUCCUAUAAAACUUUGCGGCAUCAGUCACACACCUCUCUGUCUAGAUCAUUGGCAUAAACCUGAAAACCCGAAUGAAGCAUUAUUAGCUUGGGGAGAUACUGGUGGUUACCUCAACAUUUUGUUCUGGACACAUGCGUCGAUGGCAUUAUUUGACAAGCCCACAAAUUUGUCCACAGAAAAGGAGGAAUCAACAUUCAAUGUCUCUUUGAAUGAUGUUAUUCAAAAGAAAUCAAAAUUUGUUUCAUUUCUACGUUUACGUAUACAUACAGACUGGGUGCGUAAAGUAGCGUAUGUUCCUCAGUUAGAAGCUUUUAUUACAUGUGCAACAGUAUGGAAUAAUUCGAUGGUGAUUACUUGGUUAGAGAAGUUACCAUCAAAUGCUACUAUAACCAGAAAUCCAAAUGCAUUUUGUGAACCAAGAGCGGUAUCACGUCGUUCUGUGUUUACAGUGCAUCAGGGCAUAAAUGAUUUUGAUUUCCAUGAAGGGAAUAAUCAAAUCGCAACUGCUGGAGUUAAUUAUCAUGUUUGUCUAUGGAAUCCUUAUGUUGUUUCUAAACCGAAUGGGUUACUUAGAGGACAUAUGGCAGCUGUGGUGGCUGUUCAGUUUCAUAUUUCACGGAGUCGUUUACUCAGUUUUUCAAGAGAUCGUGUUCUACGUAUAUGGGAUGUUCAGUUACAAGUAUGCUUACAAAAAAUGAAUAGUGUUUGUCCAAAAGGAUUAAGCGAUGAGUCGGUUUCACUGAAGAAACAAAUUUCAACACAUAUGUAUUUCCAUGAGGAUAGAUUACGCUUGUUUCUUAGCUUUAAUCAUACUUUAACAGUUAUGGAAAUGCGAAUCAAAGUAAACGAUCGUAUUCAAAGCCAUGAAAAGCCAUUGAUUGGUAUCAUUUACAAUUCAGCAUUUAAUCAAAUUGUAUCUGCUGCUCAAAGUGGUACAAUAUCAUUUUGGUUAAUUGAAUCAGGUCAACGAGUUAAAACUAUCUCUCGUAGUCAUGGUGAAAGUGAACUGACGUGUUUAGUACAAGAUCCAACAGAGACUAAAUUCUAUACCGGAAGUACUGAUGGUACAAUUAAGAUAUGGGAUAUGAAUGGUUAUUGUUAUCAUACAUUGAUAUGCUAUGGUGGGUCGCAUGCUGAAGUCGGGCAGAUUGUUAUCCUUAAACGAUCAAUUAUUGUCAUGGGGAAUUCAACACAUUUCACUGUAUUUCGUACAACUAAUUUUCGGGAUCAUUAUGUUUAUCCAUCUGAAUGGAAAGGUGGUCCAGAACAUUCAGACGAUGUACUCAGUGGGACAGCAUUACCGCCAAAUGGUUUAAUUACUGGAUCCUAUGAUGGUGAAAUAGUUGUAUGGAAUACAAAUUCUGAAUUAGCUGCAAGACGUAUGACAGCACGUUGUAAAAAUUUUUCUGCUGAGUCACCAGAUUUUAUGUACAAUAUUUCACGUCUUAUAUUAUUAUCUACACGUAAACAUAUUGGAUCAGGUAGUCAAAAAGGUGCAAAUCUAGUCUCAUGUGGAGGUAAUGGAAUUGUACGCUUUUGGAAUGCAUAUUCAUGCAUUUUAGUGGGUGAAUUCUCCGCUCAUGAAAAUGCUAGUAGUAUUAUCAUGGCUAUUGAUAUUAACGAUGAGUAUUUAGCAACUGGUGAUGUUGAAGGUACAGUGAAAAUAUGGAAUAUUAAAGAUUAUUGCUUAAAUGAAGGUGAAAUGGAAGUGGAUUACGCACCAGAUUUAAUAGGCAAAUGGAGUGCUCAUACAGAUUUAAUUUCUGGUCUGUGUUUUUGUUCACGUGUGGAGCGUAGAACGCUUAUGGCUACUGCAUCUAGUGAUUGUUCAGUAGUUUUAUGGACACUUGAAGGUAUGAAGAUAGGGAUAUUUGGACAAGAAAUACGAUGGAAAUUAGAAAAUAUUCAACGAGAGAAUGCUUUACCAUCGAUAGCCAGUACAGAAAGUUGUGCAGAGGGAACAUCUGGUGAUCUAAUAGCCGAUACACCUGCAUCAAUGGAUAGUUUACAAAAAUUUCUAGACACUUGUCGUAGAGAAUCAAUAAGUCCUGAAUUCACUGUGGAAAUGUCAGGAGAACUAGAUGGUGAAAUGUCACUUGAAGAAAUGAAUAAGGCUAUAUCAAGUUAUCGUGUAAAUGCCUGGAAAAAUACUGUGCUAGGCAAAGUUUAUCAGGAAGUACGUUUGAGUAAACGUCAACGUAAACAACCAGUACUUUUAACAGAAUUGUUUGAUACACACGCUGAAGGUGCAAGUCAAAAGAAUCAGGGACCGUAUUAUGCUUUACACCUGAGUGAAUUGGAUCAAGUAACUGACAUGGAACAACCAGAUUUUAUGUUUCAUCCAGAAAAUUAUUUUACAGAUAAAGAAGAAAUUGCAGCUAUUACAGUGAAUAAAAACAAUCCUGAAUCUCCUCAGCAAGUCGUAGAGGAGAAUAUAUCGAAUUUCCAAGAGAACAUAUCUGGUGUAACAUCUGUUACAAGUCAUUUCAAUGAAGAAAGUUUAUUUCCAGAUUAUAUUAUAAAUUUUGAUAAACAAAUGCAACUUGUUAAUAAAUUUGUGAAUACUCAUCAUUCUUUUCUCAAUCUGAAAAAGAAUAAAUCAACUGACAAUCAUAAUAAUGAGAUGACUUGGAACAAGAGACAACAUUCAAAAUCUAAACGGAAAUACAAUCCAAUCCAUUUACCUCCAAUAAUUAAAAAGUAAACAAAGUUAUGCGGCAGCUUACUUAUCUAUCUGUCUAUCUAUCUUUAGUUUCUUUCUGCAUUUUAUCUUCUCUCAAAAUGUACGCUAUACACGUAUGUGAUAAUUCAUGACUUUAACCGUCCUAUUGCAUUAAAAGAAUACUGUACUUUAUAAUGAUGUAUGUCUUCUCUUCACAGAGUAAAUGCAUAGUUACCGACUUUAUUAGUAAAGA